GGAGGGUUGGCCAUCAGUCGUUCACAAGUCCGAGUCAUGUACACAUUCAGCCUGUUCGUUCUUCUUCCCGCACUUGCGAUCGGUGCCGUCCUCGACAACCGGGUCGAAGACGCUGGUGAUUGUAGUUCGAGGGAAGAUGUCGUGAGUUGUUUGGGAGUGAGGGCCAUCGCGGCCAUGGACAGGGCGUCCAGGAUGGCCGACAUCCAGCUCGCCUCCGGGAUCACCCUUGUAAAGGAAAACGACUUCAGAGCAGGAAGGGCUCUUCUGACACCGCAGCAACUCGAGGAAUCACUUCCGGCCAACGCUGAAGAGAGGAGCUCCAAACUUAUCGACUUGGCUUACGACUCGGCGCUGAGAUUUUUGCAAUCGCACUCCCUCCAGUUGAGGAUGCCCCAAGACGCUCCAGAAUCGUUCCAACGCGCUCUUGAUGAAGGACGUGCCAAACUCAAGAAGAAGGUCCUUCCGUUACUUAUGCUCGUCGGUGCCAAAUUGGUCACUCUUCUGCCCCUCGCCCUCGGAGCCGUCGGCCUCAUGGCUCUUAAAGCACUUUUCGUUGGAAAACUCGCUUUCGUUCUAGCGGCCGUUCUAGCAUUCCAGAAAUUCUUCGCAUCUGGCAGCAGUGGCGGUGGGCUCAGCAGUUUCGGAAAGGUCCAACCCGACUGGAACUCCGGUUCUUCAGGCUGGUCCUCGUCCUACGGAGGCGGCACUGGACCCUACAGAAGAAGCAUGGAACAUGCUCACGACCUAGCCUACUCCGCUCAAAUUCCGGCUGUCGAGUCAAACAGCCAAUAGGCCCCAAAAAUUGCCAAAUUCCAAGAAAACAACUAAUUUAUUUUUUUCUACCUAAUUUAUUCUCGUCUGAAAUGACGCCUGUGUAAACUCUAAGAGUUGUUGAAUAGUGUGAAAAACAUUACGCGACUGUACUAUUUAUUCGAUAAUAAAAUAUUACCAUUGUUUUA